UGAGGGCUGCACUCUCACUGCUGGCUCACACACCAACACAAUUUCCUCAUAUGUGGCGGCUUCUCAAGUUUCCAUACAAGCUAUAAGGAGACUGGGUGGGGAAUAUACACGUCUGCUUUACUACAUUUGCCGACUGAAGUGUCUCCAAUCAGCAGGAUAUGGGAUGUGAUCAGAAGAGGAGAUGAUGGUGCUGCUGUGGGGCUCUGAAGUUUAUCCCAGCUAGGUGCAGAAGUGCCAGGAGAAGAGGAGGACAGGAGGGACACUAGAAAUGCCACGCAGGCAGGAGUGAGCCAGGCAACAGCAGCAGCAGGACUGUUCCCCAUGUGCUGCAGAGGCUGGAAGACAAGUCCCAGGAAUUGCACUGAGGAUGCACAGGGUAAGGAAGUACUUUCGUGGCAGUGGCAGGGCCCUGGCAUUUAUAUUCAUCGCCUCUGUCAUCUGGCUGAUCUUUGACAUGGCAGCACUGAGGUUCUCUUUCAGUGACAUUAAUAGCAAACACCAGAAAGAGGAGCUGGUCCGGAGGGAGAGAGUUGGCUUUGGAGCCUGGAAGUCCCCAGGAAGGAGGAAUAUGGACAGUAAGUGGUACCCUCUGGGAAAUCAUGACACUACUAAACUAAAAGGCAUAUUUCACCCCCCAGAAGAUGAACUCGCACCUCCAGGGAAUGCACUUGACAGUGAUUUUAAAAUAAAGGUUGGGAAGAGAAAGAGGACUAUAAAACCAUUUCUUUUUAAAAAGACACUUUCACCAUUGGGCAUACCAGCAGCCAGAUCCCUCACUCCCCACUUCAGGGCUCAGGGCAAAAAGGAUAAAUUGGACGUUUUAAAUGUGACAAACCUGCUUGUGGUAAAAUCAUAUAUGUCUAAACUUCCCCUGAAUACACCUGCUGCCGCAGAUGAUAGGCUGGUUAUUGGACUACAUACAAAUACAUUUAUUCUAGGGGUUGGGAAGGUGCAUAAUCCAGAAGAAAUUGUAGGCGCGGGGGACUUUAAUAGUAAGGAUACAGGGGUAAAGCUUGAAGGUGCAGGGGUAGAGCCCAUAGAUGUGCUGGAGUUCAAGAAAGUAGGGGACUUUAAGAGUAAGAAUGCAGGGGUGAAACUUGAAGGUGCAGGGGUAGAGCAUAAAGACACAGGGGCCUCUAAAGAUGUACUAGAGUCCAAGAAAUCGGGGGACUUUAAAGUUGCAGUGGAGUCCAAGGAAGCAGGGGGCUCAAAAAAUGCAGUGAAGCCCAAAGAUGAAGAGGUCUAUAAAGGAGCACAGGAUCUGAAUCCUGCAGGGGCCCCUAAAGAUGAAGCAGAACCCAAGGAUAAAGAGGGAAAGGAAAUUAAGGGUCCAUUCAUUGUCACUUUAAAACUAAAAGGGUCAAGAGAAAAUCUGAAAGAUUUAGAAAAACAGCAUCUUAAUGAACUACCUCUUGAAAAUGUUGUUUUAGUCAAUAAGUUGAAUUUGACUGAAAAAUUGCCUGCCAAUGUAAAUAAACUUGUAGCAGCUAAUAGUAAUGUAUCCGUCAGUGAGACCAAGGUACAUGAUUUGUUGAAUGUGACAGUUAAAAAACUGAAUGCUUCUAUAUACCCUACAUUGCCCAUUACCGAUAUUGUUGCCAAAGUUAAAAUUUCUAACCCACUGCUCAGUUUUAAACAAGGGUUUUUAGGAAUCUCUGAGAUUAAGGGAAACAAAAGUGUCAGCAGCAUAAGACAGAACAUUACAAGUAAACUGGUGAAUGCAGACUCUGGUCAUCCUAUUAAAACGGAUGAAGGAAACAAGCAGGGUAAAGGGAAUGCAUCAGAUGUCCCCAGGAGGCACAAAGUUUUAACUGUUGAUGCAACUAUGAGUCCUAGAGACUUGAGAGCUCCUGGGCAGCUUGGGAGGUCUGUGGUGGUCCCUAAAGACAAGGAGCAAGAAGCGAAGAGAAGAUGGAAUGAAGGAAAUUUUAACGUCUAUCUGAGUGACCUGAUCCCGCUGGACCGAGCUAUCGAGGACACCAGGCCUAAAGGGUGUUCAGAUCAACUUGUCCACGAUGACCUUCCGAAUACCAGCAUUAUCAUUUGUUUUGUGGACGAGGUGUGGUCCACACUCAUCCGCACUGUCUUCAGUGUCCUCAACCGAUCUCCAGCUCAUCUUAUUAAAGAGAUCAUUCUCGUGGAUGACUUCAGCACAAGAGCCUACCUCAAGGAUGACUUGGAUAAGUUCAUACUGAAAUUUCCCAAGGUCCGAGUUCUACAUUUAAAGGAAAGAAAUGGGUUAAUUCGAGCGAGGAUUGCUGGUGCAAAUAUUGCAACAGGGGAUGUUUUGACAUUCUUGGACUCACAUGUAGAAUGUAAUGUUGGAUGGCUUGAACCUCUCCUGGAACAAGUUCGAAUAAACAGAAAGAAGGUGGCUUGUCCAGUAAUUGAAGUGAUUAAUAGUAAUGACAUGAGCUACCUGACUGUGGACAACUUCCAGAGAGGUAUAUUUUCAUGGCCGAUGAACUUUGGCUGGAAGCCGAUCCCUAGAGAAGAACUACAGAAAAACCACAUGACAGAAAUGGACCCAAUAAGGUGUCCAGUUAUGGCUGGUGGACUGUUUUCCAUUGAUAAGAAAUAUUUCUAUGAACUUGGUACAUAUGACCCUGGUCUGGAUGUUUGGGGAGGAGAAAAUAUGGAAAUAUCAUUUAAGAUUUGGAUGUGUGGAGGAGAAAUCGAGAUCAUCCCUUGCUCCAGAGUGGGACACAUCUUCAGGAAUGACAACCCAUACUCCUUCCCUAAGGAUCGUGUAAAAACUGUAGAGAGAAACCUGGUUCGUGUGGCAGAAGUCUGGUUGGAUGAAUAUAAGGAGAUUUUCUACGGUCACGGUGCUCACCUCCUACGGGAACUUCCAAACAUUGGUGACCUGACUGAGCAGAAGGAACUUAGAAAGAGGCUCCAGUGCAAAAGCUUUAAGUGGUACAUAGACAAUGUCUAUCCUGAUCUGGCUGCCCCUCUGGUCAGAGCUACUGGAAUUAUAAUAAACCCUGAAUCGAGCAAAUGUCUUUCUUUGCAAAACUCUACUGUAGUCCUCGACUCUUGUGAUGCCAGUAAACAGAACCAGCAGUUUAAUUUCACAUGGUUAAGAUUGCUUGAACAGAAGGAUCUCUGCAUUGGACCUACGGAUGUGAAAGGCAAACUAGCUGUUCAAUUGUGUGACAAUACGAACAACGGACUCCGGUGGUUACAUAAAUCCUUGACAUCAUUCCAGCCAUCACUGGCAAACCACCUUGUUCUAGAAAGCAUUCAGCAGGCAACAUGUCUGGAGGUGGAUCCUUCACUCAGAAGAAUACGAACAGAUAUUUGCAAGCCUGAAAAUAAACUACAAAAAUGGCAAUUUGAGAAGUACUUUGUUGAGUGAAAACAAUGCUAUCACAGAGGAAAGUUAUAUAUCUUAUAACACAGAAUAAGAGUCACAUGGCCAAGAUAAUGACUGACUUUGCUUGUUUUUUUACAUUUAGUUCAGACUAGGUUUCUCAGAAAUGGGAAAUUAAAAAGUGGAACACCAUGUGACCUCAGGUUUAAAAAGGUCAUAAAAUCUACCCUGUACUAUACUACUUUUAGACUUCAAUUAUAUAUUUUCAAUAACAGAUUUUCAAUAGAAAAAGGGGGGACUAUACUUGGAAAAUAGGGAAACAUAAGAAUUUUCAUUACAGAAAAGAACUCCGUUUUGACAUAAGACUACAGGAUAGUCUCUAGAAUGAAAAAUGAAACCAAUAUUAAGGGUGUGAAUACUUAGUAAUAAUGAGGGGUGCCAUACUUUCAUUGAUUUAUUUUUAUGCUAUAGGGUACAUUUUGUUACAGUGGGGAUUUGAGGGUAAUGUUUAUAUGUUCCUUGAAGUAGCUGCAAGGAAGUUAUUUAUUUAUCUAUAACUUGUGUUUUGUAAGUGAUAGCAUUCUCAAAGUUGUUAAGGAAAUGUAACAUUUUCAGGGAGGGUCUGGAUUGAGAUUACUUUUUUAUUCACUCAUACAACUUUUACUAAAUGGAAAGCAUUUAUUUGUUAUUUCUGUUGCCCUGGAAUACAUCAUAUCUCCUCUUUAUCUUUUAUGUUGCAUUUGCUUCAAGUGUAUCAAGACAGCAGCUCUGCAUCAUAUUCAAGGGCAAGACAAAGAAAUAACUGUGACUGAUGCUAGAAAUACAUAGCUAAAUAAGAAUAGACAAAAUUAGUCCUACAGAAGGGCAUGUACAAAACAAUACAAUCAACUUCUUUAAAGGUGGGGAAUGCCUUUUGGACACAUGAAAAAAACAAUGGACAUAUAGUAACUGAAAGAUCGGAAGCCUCAUUUACUGAUCUUGUAGCCUAAUGUGCAUGUUUGUUGCAUUGUACAUUUUUAAACUAAA